AAUUCGGUCCACUUGGUGUCACUUUUAGUGUCAUUUUCUGAAAACGAAAAAAAAAUGGAGAAACUCGAAGAGAAACGACGAACUUUCAAUGAUAAAACUCGAUUUGUAGUGCUUUUUCUAGGAAUUUGCUCAAUAAUUUGUAAUCACGGUGCAUAUACGACAAUUAGUUUUACAGUUAUUUGUAUGCAAGAUGUCAUUGAAGAUCAUCAUUCUGUUAAUCAAACUCAUUGGCUUGAAAAUUCUGCUGAUGUUUCGUUUGUGUUCACUGCCGGAGCAAUCGGAGCUAUAGCAGGACUGAUACCGUCAGUGCCACUCACUACAAAAUAUGGAAUAAGAAAUGUUCUUGCUUUCUACAGUUGUUCAUCUUCCAUUGCAACUUUAUUGAUGCCAUUAGCAGUUUCUUUUGGUUAUUUUCCUGUGAUUAUUGCCAGAGUUAUACAAGGAUUUGGAGCAUCCAUCUUGUUUUCUUCAAUUGGUAGUAUUUCAGAAGGGUGGUCCCCAAUAGCAGAAAUUAGUACUUAUAUUGCAUUCUUGUCUGCGGGAUUUCAGCUCAGCAACAUUAUCACAAUGCCACUUUCUGGAAUUUUAUGUGAAUCUUCACUUGGAUGGAGAUCGAUUUACUAUCUUUAUGGAGGAGUCGCAUUUCUAGUUACCACUGCUUUUUUCGCCUUUUUCCGAGAUUCAGCUCAAGUUCAUCGAAAUGUGAGUGUGAAAGAAUUAGAAAAAAUAAGUGCUGGAAAGACUGUAACUUCUGGAAGAAAAUCGGUACCGUAUUUGGCUGUCUGUAAGAAUAAAGUGAUAUUGGCAGUUUGGUCAUCGGCUCUUGGGGGUAAUAUGUCACUGAUGACUUUAAUGAUUUAUGGACCAACAUAUCUCAAUAAAGUAUUACAACUUGAUGUUAAAGAUACAGGAUUUGCAAAUGCAAUUCCUUAUAUUAUGGCAACUGCAGUGAAAUUUACUGCAGGUCCAUUGUCUGAUAAACUGACACGUAUUCCUGAUACAUGGAAAAUGAUUUUCUUUGCUGCAGUCUCUCAACUAGGAAUGGCAAUGGGAUUCUUUGUAAUGGCAUUGACUCGAUCCAAGUUCAUUGCACAAAUCGCCUACACUGGAGCCAUUGUUCUUGCCGGUGUUAACAUGAUUGGUGUAGUGAAGUGUGCACAAAUGGUAUCCCGUCAAUAUACGCAUUUUGUAAUGGCAGUAAACUCUCUAAUUUCAUGGAUUGCCAUUCUUAUUCUUCCAAUGAUUAUCGGAGUAUUAUGUCCGAAUCAUUCACCGGAAGAAUGGGCUGUAUUUUAUACUUCUGGCGGAAUAUGGGUUAUUAUUAUGAAUAUUCCAUUUCCCUUCUUGGUAACAACUGAAGCUGCAGACUUCACAAAACCAGGAGUUGGAGAGAAGAAAGUUAAAGAUAUUGAAAGUUGUUAAUGUUUUAAGAGUUGUUUGGUUUUGUUAUCAACUUUUUUUUUGGAUUUCUGUGCCAUAUGAUUUCAAUGAUUUUAACCGAAUAAAAAUUGUUUUGAAUUUUUGAAAA